AUGACAUCGAUGCAAGAAAUGACGGAUAGCUUUCGCGACGUUUUUAAGUCGGAGCGUCUCGUCUACACCGCCCUCGAGGAGACGGACCGCUGCAAGGACUUUUGGUGGAAGUGCUGCGCCUCCGACCUCGUGAACCGGAGCCUCAUCGACGCCGGGCGCCCGGUGCCGCCCUCGCGCGCCGCCUCCGACAAGCAGCUGGCCGAGACUGUCAACGAGAGCAAGACGUACCUCGCCGUGCUCGUCUGCCUGCCCGCAGCAGACCCGGAGCCGGAGCAGCCGAUUGGCUACCUGGUCCUCAACAAGUCGUUUCCCAGCUGCGCGUCGUACCACCUCGGCUUUCUGCAGGAGCACCAGAACAAGGGCUACGGCCGCGAGGCGAUCCGCUGGGCGGCCGACUACGCGUUUACGUGGUGCAACCUGCACCGGCUGAGCAUCGGGGCUCUGUCGUACAACGAGCGCGCGAUGCACCUGUAUGCCAGCAUCGGGUUUGUGCAGGAGGCGAGGAGGCAAAGCUGCAUUUACUUGAAUGGGUCCUGGCACGAUCUGGUUGAUUAUCGCAUGUUGAGGGAAGAGUGGGAGAAGCUGCGUGAAGAAUCAGCGUGA